CCUUUCGCGAGCCGAGCGCCUUCCCCAGACUGCGACCGGUGGUGCCCAGAGGCUAGAGGCUGCUCCGCCAGGCUUCCAGGCUUGGGUCACCGCCGAGUAGCAGACAGGCCCUGCUGGGCGCGCGCGCCCGGGUCAGGUCGAGGACGCGGGCGGGGCCUGGAGGCUGAAGGGCCGGCCCGGGGCGUGCCCACGUGACUGCCCGCCUGCCGCCUGCAGCCCCCCAAGCCGCCGCCGCUGCCGCCGCUGCCUCUCCGGCUGCAACUCCCGGCGUGCCUCGCACUCGCUGCUGUCCGCCAGCCCCUCCUUCUUCUCCUCCCAGUGCCACAGAGCAGGAGCCCCAGCCGCCGCCGCAAAUACAGCCGGGGGCACUAUGGCUUCUGGAGUUACAGUGAAUGAUGAAGUCAUCAAAGUUUUUAAUGAUAUGAAAGUAAGGAAAUCUUCUACACAAGAGGAGAUCAAAAAAAGAAAGAAAGCAGUUCUCUUCUGUUUAAGUGAUGACAAAAGACAAAUAAUUGUAGAAGAAGCAAAGCAGAUCUUGGUGGGUGACAUUGGUGAUACUGUAGAGGACCCCUACACAUCUUUUGUGAAGUUGCUACCUCUGAAUGAUUGCCGAUAUGCUUUGUACGAUGCCACAUACGAAACAAAAGAGUCUAAGAAAGAAGACCUAGUAUUUAUAUUCUGGGCCCCUGAAAGUGCACCUUUAAAAAGCAAGAUGAUCUAUGCCAGCUCUAAAGAUGCCAUUAAAAAGAAAUUUACAGGUAUUAAACAUGAGUGGCAAGUAAAUGGCUUGGAUGACAUAAAGGACCGUUCUACACUUGGAGAGAAAUUGGGAGGCAACGUAGUAGUUUCACUUGAAGGAAAACCCUUAUAAAAUGACAGUCAAGUGCCAUCCGGAUCUUAAGGAGCUUUCAUUUCUCCAGCUCAGUCAUUUGGAAUAGUAUUAGGUUUUGUUUUUGUUUUUUUCCUUUUCCCACUGGGUCCUUCCAACAUAAUGAAUGAAGGAGAUAUCAUUCAUGCAAGCAGCCUAUCAGUGAUUGCCAUUAGACUGUUUAAUACUGUUACUUUGAUGUAGAAUCCAAGGAAUGCCUUCCCAUGAUAUUUUAGCCAAAACAACUGGUUAUAUGCCUCCCUUGCAGCAAGCACUACAACGAAUGUGAUUGUCAAUGUGAAUAGCUUAGAAUACUGCAAAGGGUAAGCUAAUUGAAUGCCUUGAAAGUAUUAUCCACUGGUCAGAUGGUAAACUUUAUUCAGUAUUAUUUAUAGUUACAUUUGAUUGCAGUUCUGUGAGGCUCCAGCAUUCAUACACCUCACCUGCCUUGGCAAGCCUAUUUUUGUGACAUGGCAGCACAGAUAUAACACUAUGCAUUGAAAGCACUUUUUGUAUUGAGUUUAACUCCCCAACCCAAAAGGAAUGCCAAUUAAGUUGUGUUAACUGUCAUCAACUUAUCCUAGUACCUCAGUGUUCAUUCCUGUUACCUGCAUACCUUCUUAAAAGAACUAGCUGUUAUUAAUGCCUUUUUGUUUUCCAUUGAGUGUACACUACUGAGUAAGUGUAGGAGUUUUAUGUUUACCAUGUAAGUCUUGCAACACUAAAGAUAUUUUAUCAGUCUUGAUGGCAAUUUCUGUAUAAAAGAGCCUUAAAUGGAACGUUUUUGAAAUCAAACUCCCCAUCCUCACAAAAUGGCCACGUUGCAAUAAAAAUUGUGGCAUAUUA